AUGCAAGCCUGUCAUUUGCUGCAACGCAGGGACAGCAGCGGCCGCGUGCACGAUGGCGGCACCACAGGAGCAGAGCUGCCUGAUGGCAGCACAGGCGAGGUCAGCGGGAAUGGUGGCGGCGGCGAUGGUGGAGAUGGAGGGGACGCGGCUGCUCCUCUUUUGGGGGGCGCUCAGCCGGGCGGUCCCCUGCUGCUGUCUCGUGGGGCUCUGGUCAAGGCGGCUUUGAUGGUUGGCCCGACCUGGUUUUUGGCGCAGCUCUGCUUUGCCUGGUCACUCGCCCUCACCAGCGUCACCAGCAACACCAUCCUGUCGUCCACCAGCUGCCUCUUCGCCUUCCUGGCGUCGGUCCUUUUCCUGGGCGAGAGGUUCACCGCGAGGAAGGCGCUCAGCGUCGUUGCCGUCAUGGCGGGCACUGCGGCAGUCGCGCUCGCCGACACUAGCAGCGGCGGCGAUGCUGUGGCCCCUCUGCGGUUGGCGGCGGCCCUGGGCCCCCUUGCAGGGGACCUGCUGGCCACAGGGGCGGCGGCGCUAUACGCAGCCUACACAAUACAGAUCCAGGGAGCGCUCGGCUCGGCGGGCGCCGGCGACACCGCGCUGUUCUUCGGGCACCUGGGGGCGCUCACCGCCGCCCUGCUACUGCCAGUGCUCGGCGUCAUGCAGUGGGCGGGCGCGCUGGACCUGGGGCGGGUGGCGCCGGCGUCCUUGGGGCUGGCGUGCUUCAACGGCCUGAUGGACUAUGUCCUUGCCGACUUCCUCUGGGCUCGCGCCGUGCUGCUCCUCGGACCCACGAUUGCCACCCUCGGUCUCAGCAUCCAGAUCCCCAUGGCCACCGCCUUGGACGUCUUCCUCGGACGCCCCGCCUGGCUGCGCAGCGGCGCCGCAGCUGCGCUGACGUUUGGGGGGAGCGCGUUGGUGCUGGGCGGGUUUGUAGCGAUCACGCUGGCUGGGGCCGCUGGGCCGGCAGCGGGAGCAGCAGCGCGCAGCGAGGGCGGCGGGCGAGGCACGGGUGAGAGGGCGGCGGUUGAUGAGGAGGCGGGCAGCAGCAGAAACAAUGGGGGCGGAGGAGCGCCGCAGCAGCGGUCGUGGGUGGAAGACGAUGAGCCGCGCUAA